AUGGCGAAAGCAGGAGACGAGGCCAAUGGCAGGAACAAGGAACCCGACCUCACCAAAAGAGCACGAUGGGCUACGCGCAAAUUGACCAUCAAGAGCAGCGACAACAAGCGGGUAUCUAUAAUAGACAGGAUACACAAGCGGACAGGGUCGACCGAGAAGAAGAGGCAAUCUGGAGGAAGCCAGUCCAUACAACCCGAGGGCAGUAGCGAGCCUUACGAUCCGACCACCCAAGACCAAGCCGACGCGAAUAGCAUUUCAGGGGAAGAAUCCGAAAGUAGGCUCUUGUUUUUCAACAAGGAACUACCCGCCCAAUGGAAGGAUGAAGAGGGCCGUCCGACUCAGCGCUUCCCAAGGAACAAGAUUCGGACAGCCAAGUACACUCCGCUAUCCUUCAUACCGAAGAAUCUUUGGCUUCAGUUCCAGAAUGUGGCCAACAUAUUCUUCUUGUUCUUGGUCAUUCUUGUGAUCUUUCCCAUAUUUGGAGGCACUAAUCCAGGCCUCAACGCCGUCCCUCUGAUUUUUAUUAUUACUGUUACUGCCGUCAAAGACGCUGUUGAGGAUUACCGCCGGACAAUAUUGGAUAACGAUUUGAACAACGCUGGUGUACACCGUCUGGUCGGCUGGGAAAACGUGAACGUGGAAGCGGACAAUGUCUCGACCUGGCGGAAAAUCAAGAAGGCAAGCUCCAAGUUCUUCGGUACACUUUGGCGGGCGAUCGAAUCGAUGUGGAAAAAGGAUCCAAACACGAGCAGCAUGGCUGGUAUCUCUGAUUCGCGUCCAUCUAUUGAGACAACUAUAACGCACAGGCGGUCCAUGAUGUCGCCACGAACCGACCGAACCUCUUUCGUCUCGGUUAGGGAGGAUAUCCAGAUGACGCCAGUUCCGUCGCCUCUCCCGCGCCCGGACGCACUCCAAACCCCAGACCCCCGGCCAGCGUCAGGCUUGUCGCACAAUACCGUCGAGGCUGAAACGUUGGAGAGGGUGAAGGGUGAUCUCCUCAACCAUGACAAGUCCCCUAGUGGACGAGCGCGUUUUCACAAAGACGCGUGGAAAAAUCUCGUGGUUGGAGAUUUUGUCCGCCUGCACAGCGACGAAGAGAUUCCUGCUGAUGUCAUCGUGCUGUCUACGUCGGAUACUGAUGGAGCUUGCUAUGUGGAGACCAAAAACUUGGAUGGCGAAACCAACUUGAAAGUCCGACAGGCAUUGCGCUGUGGCCGAUCGAUAAAACACGCCCGAGAUUGUGAGAGGGCCGAAUUCUCCAUCGAGAGUGAAGGCGCGCAGCCUAAUCUCUACAAGUACAGCGGCGCCAUCAACUGGCAGCAAAAAGUCAACAACAAGGUCAGGGACAUGUCGGAGCCAAUUUCAAUAGACAACCUACUUCUCCGUGGGUGCAACCUGCGGAACACUGACUGGGUUCUUGGAGUUGUCAUAUUUACCGGACACGACACCAAGAUCAUGAUGAACGCUGGAGUUACACCAACUAAACGAGCCCGGAUAGCGCGAGAGUUGAACUUCAACGUGCUCUGCAACUUUGGGAUUCUUUUGAUCAUGUGUCUUAUUUCGGGCAUUGUCAAUGGAAUUUCAUGGGGCAAAACGGAUGCCUCGACCCAAUGGUUCGAGUAUGGCUCGGUUGCGGGAUCCGACCGCCCUGCGUUGACUGGGUUCAUCACCUUCUGGGCUGCUGUCAUCGUCUUCCAGAACUUGGUGCCAAUUUCGCUCUACAUUAGUUUAGAGAUUGUGAGAACGCUGCAGGCUAUUUUCAUUUACAACGAUGUUGAAAUGUACUACGAGCCGAUCGACCAGCCCUGCGUCCCCAAGUCGUGGAACAUUUCAGACGAUAUGGGCCAGAUCGAGUAUAUCUUCUCCGACAAGACCGGCACCUUGACUCAAAACGUCAUGGAGUUCAAGAAGGCUACCAUCAAUGGACAACCAUACGGAGAGGCGUAUACGGAGGCGCAGGCAGGCAUGCAGAAGCGGUUGGGUAUUGAUGUGGAGAAGGAGGGGGCUAAAGCUAGGAAGGAGAUCGCGGAAGGCAAGAUACGUGCCAUCGCAGGGCUACGCCGGAUUCACGACAAUCCCUUUUUGCACGACGAAGAAGUGACGUUCAUCGCGCCCGAUUUCGUCGAGGAUUUGUCGGGUGUCUCGGGAGAAGAGCAGAAAGCGGCCAACGAACACUUCAUGCUCGCACUGGCGCUUUGCCACACCGUGAUAGCCGAGCAUGUUCCUGGCGACCCGCCGAAGAUCGUCUUCAAAGCUCAGUCUCCAGAUGAGGCGGCUCUUGUGGCCACGGCUCGCGACAUGGGCUUUACCGUUCUGGGCAACACCGGCAAUGGCAUCAGGCUGAAUGUCAUGGGCGAAGAAAGACAUUAUACUGUUCUUAACACAAUCGAGUUUAACUCGACCCGCAAACGGAUGAGUGCAAUCGUCAAGAUGCCCGAUGGCCGGAUCUUGCUACUGUGCAAAGGUGCUGAUAGCAUAAUCUAUUCGCGGUUGAAGCGCGGAGAGCAAGCCGAACUCCGCAAGACCACGGCUGAGCACCUUGAAAUGUUUGCACGUGAGGGUCUGCGAACUUUAUGCAUUGCAGAGCGUGUUCUCUCCGAGCAGGAAUAUCUUGAGUGGCGAAAGGAGCACGACAAGGCUGCCACGGCCCUCCAGGAUCGAGAAGAGAAAAUGGAGGAGGUGGCUGACAAGAUUGAACGGGACUUCACCCUCCUUGGCGGCACUGCCAUCGAAGAUCGACUUCAGGACGGCGUCCCCGAUACGAUCGCUUUGCUGGGAGAUGCGGGUAUCAAGCUAUGGGUUUUGACUGGAGACAAGGUCGAGACGGCCAUCAACAUCGGGUUCUCUUGCAACCUUCUCAACAACGACAUGGAACUCAUCCAUCUCAAGGUAGACGAAGACGAAACAGGUGCCACGAGUGACGAACAGUUCAUACAACGUCUCGAAAAGGAACUCGACCGGAAUUUGAAGAUAUUUGGCAUGACUGGCAGCGACGAAGAUUUAGUUGCCGCCAGGCAGAACCACGAAGCACCGGGCCCUACUCACGCCUUGGUGAUCGAUGGUUUCACGCUCAGAUGGGUGCUCGAUGACAGCGUCAGACAAAAGUUUCUGUUGCUUUGCAAGCAGUGCAAAUCAGUCCUUUGUUGUCGUGUGAGUCCAGCCCAGAAGGCGGCAGUAGUGGCCAUGGUCAAGACCGGUCUCGACGUUAUGACGCUAUCCGUCGGCGACGGUGCCAAUGAUGUUGCCAUGAUUCAAGAAGCUGACGUUGGCGUUGGAAUUGCUGGUGUGGAAGGUCGCCAGGCCGUCAUGUCCUCAGACUACGCCGUGGGGCAAUUCCGCUUCCUUCAAAGGCUAAUCCUUGUUCAUGGCCGGUGGUCUUACAGACGUUUGGCCGAAACCAUCUCCAACUUCUUUUACAAGAACAUGGUGUGGACAUUUGCCAUCUUCUGGUACCAGUGCUUUUGCAACUUCGACAUCACCUACGUCUUUGACUACACCUACAUUCUGCUAUUUAACUUGUUCUUCACCUCCGUGCCCGUUGUUCUCAUGGGUGUCCUUGACCAAGAUGUGUCGGAUUCCGUAUCAUUGGCCGUCCCUCAACUCUAUCGCCGCGGUAUCGAGCGUAUGGAAUGGACGCAGACGAAGUUUUGGCUAUACAUGGUUGAUGGUGUCUACCAAAGCAUCAUGUGUUUCUUCAUUCCGUACCUCACCGUCAUUAGCAGCCCGUCGGUCGCCGGUAAUGGCCUAGACGUUUCUGAUCGACUGCGGCUCGGAUGUUAUAUUGCUCAUCCUGUUAUUAUCACCAUCAACCUCUACAUCCUCAUCAACAUGUACCGAUGGGAUUGGCUCUCCCUGCUAGUGGUUGCCAUCAGCGAUCUGUUCAUCAUAUUUUGGACUGGUGUCUUCACGUCGACUACUUAUUCGGCUGUCUUCUAUGGUUCCGCAGUUCAGGUGUAUUCUGAGGCAUCUUUCUGGGCCGUUUUCAUCAUUGUCCCGGUCAUUUGCAUAUUUCCCCGCUAUGCCAUCAAGGCCAUUCAGAAAGUCUACUACCCCUAUGAUGUGGAUAUCAUCCGGGAGCAAGUGACGCAGGGCAAGUUCAAUUACCUCGACGAGAAAAGUUCAGUCGAUGAAGUUCCCAACCCGACUUCGUCGCAAUCAUCUCAGUCGUCCAGGAUUAAGCGUCACCAGCAGUAUCCCAGCGUGGAUGAGGAUCGGAGGCCUAUCUACCCUCCCACGUUACAUUCCACCGCCACACACAACCCUCGCAGUCAAAAUGGAAGCGACGGAACAAAUUACACAAGGCACGAACCGUCUGUCGAUAUACCAAUUCGACCAUCUUUGGACCGAGUACGGCCAUCAUAUGAUCGUUUGCGUGCCUCGAUGGACCGAGUCAGGCCGAGCUACGAACAAUCUAAUGAUUUCACUUCAGCUGCGAUGCUGAACCGGUAUGAAUCGACACACGUGGGGCCUACGCAGCACCCCAACGCUGACCCCAAUGCCAAUUCGGCCGAUGGGACUGGCAUAGUGAACCGAAUCAGGCGACGAACUCGCGGCAAAUCUUUUAAGUCGCCUUUUGCAUUCCACCGAGACAACCACAUUGAAGAACACGAAUAG